AUGAUUCGUGCUCCUCGCAUCUUGCCAUCUGAUCCAGCAACACUGCUGCUGAUGGAAGGUGACCCCCUUACGGUCCAGCCGCAGCAUUCCCAUCGCCCCGGUAUGUACGACGAUCCUGGUGCUAUUACACGAGGUAGCUCGCAAAUUGAAUCGAUUGUUCCGAACGUUCCACCGAGUGGCCCCGGGUGCGUAGAAUGCGAAGCUGCCAAUGAAUGGUGGUUCCAUCUACGUCGUUGUGCCAAGUGUGGACACAUUGGCUGCUGUGACACGUCUCCGUCACAGCACGCCUCCACACAUUCUAUGUCCACGGGACAUCCUACCAUUCGCAGUUUUGAGCCUGGCGAGGAUUGGUUCUUUGAUUAUCGCACGGAGGAAACGUUUCUAGGCCCGCCCUUGCAGUCACCAUCACACCAUCCACUUAGCCAGCCAGUACCCGGGCCCAGAGGAAGGGUGCCACUGGACUGGGAGAGACACUUGCAUCUAUGA